AAAAAACAGACCCUCUCACAUUCUCCUGCGUCUCCCUCCUCUUCCCCUCUUACAUAUCUCUAACAAAAAAACCCUAGCCGUCAAGAGCUCCACCACCGUCGCCGCCUCUGCCUCCCCUGCCGCCGCGCCGCUGUCCUCCCCUCGCGCCCCGCCCCGCCGCUGUCCUCCCCUCCCUCUUCCUCUCCCGUGCCCACCGUUCACAGCCUGCUGUCCCCGCCAUCAUGAUCGAGAUCUACGCCGCCGCCUGGCUCCGCGACGUCCAGAUCGGCUCCGUCCGCGUUCUCAUCAGCAACGUCCAGAUCGACGUCCAGAUCGUCUCUACACCAAGCUCUCUGCCUCCGGCGUCGGCUUCAACGACCUCCUCGACGCCAAGGCCACCGCCGGGGGUGCGAAGAAUCUCGAUGAGAAGACCGCCAAUGCUAGUGGUACUAAUUCCUAUUGGUACGAUACCACUACUCACUGGUACGUACCAGUGGCUCCCCUACCACUACUCACUGGUACCACUAUCAUCUGGUACCACUAUCAUCUAAUACCACUAUUAUCUGUUUUUUUGUGUUAUUCUCUACUGGUACCGCUACCAAUGCUAGUGGUAGCGCUACCAGUGCUAGUAGCGUUGUGUUAUUCUCUACUGGUAGCGUUGUACUGGUAGCGUACCACUAGUAUUGGUACAUUUUUUACUGGUACCGCUAGUACUGGUACAUUUUUUAACGUACUGGUAGCGUACCACUAGCACUGGUAUAUUAAUUACCAGUAGACUAAUAUAUUGGUACACUUUUU